AUGGCAGGCGGUGUCCACCGAGCCGCAUGCACAUGGGAAGAGAGGAAGGUGGGAGGUGGGAGGGGGGGCGCUCCCUACAGCCCUGCCCCUCCUGGCCCGCGAGGGUGUCCGGUCCCACUCAAGGCAGUUGCGCAGAGCCUGUGCAGAAAACCCACCUGGGGCCAGUAUUGCACUCUGCUUCUCUUUCAGAGAAAGCUGGAAAUUUACUCCGUGGAGCACCAUGCGGCUACAGAUAUCAAGAAGAAGGAGGGGCGAGAUGGCAAGAAAGACAAUGACUUGGAACUCAAAAGGAAUCAGCAGAAAGAGGAGCUUAAGAAAGAACUUGAUCUGGAUGACCACAAACUCAGCAAUAAGGAGCUGGAAAUGAAAUAUGGCACAGACAUCAUUCGGGGUCUCUCCAGCACCAGAGCUGCUGAGCUCCUGGCACAGAACGGACCCAACGCCCUCACCCCUCCCAAACAGACCCCAGAGAUCAUCAAGUUCCUCAAGCAGAUGGUGGGCGGCUUCUCCAUCCUUCUGUGGGUAGGAGCCGUCCUGUGUUGGAUCGCAUUUGGGAUUCAGUAUGUCAGCAAUCCGUCUGCCUCCCUGGACAGCGUGUACCUGGGCACUGUACUUGCUGUGGUUGUCAUUUUAACAGGAAUCUUUGCUUAUUACCAAGAGGCAAAAAGCACCAACAUCAUGGCCAGCUUCUGCAAGAUGAUCCCCCAGCAAGCUGUUGUCAUCCGUGACUCAGAGAAAAAGGUUAUCCCUGCAGAGCAGCUGGUGGUGGGGGACAUCGUGGAGAUUAAAGGAGGCGACCAGAUUCCUGCCGACAUCAGGCUGCUGUCCGCCCAGGGGUGUAAGGUGGAUAACUCAUCUCUUACUGGAGAGUCUGAGCCCCAGUCCCGCUCAAGUGAGUUCACCCACGAAAACCCCCUGGAAACAAAGAACAUCACUUUCUACUCCACGACCUGCCUGGAAGGCACGGCAACCGGCAUGGUCAUCAACACGGGUGACCGGACCAUCAUUGGCCGCAUUGCCUCCUUGGCUUCAGGCGUUGGGAAUGAGAAGACACCCAUUGCCAUUGAGAUCGAACAUUUUGUGCACAUUGUGGCAGGAGUGGCCGUCUCUGUCGGCAUCCUGUUCUUCAUCAUCGCAGUGUCCAUGAAGUACCACGUCCUGGACGCCAUCAUCUUCCUCAUUGCCAUCAUUGUGGCCAACGUGCCCGAAGGCCUCCUGGCCACUGUCACUGUGGCCCUGUCACUCACAGCCAAACGGAUGGCCAAGAAGAACUGCCUGGUGAAGAACUUGGAGGCAGUGGAGACCCUUGGCUCCACCUCCAUCAUCUGCUCUGACAAGACUGGGACUCUGACGCAGAACAGGAUGACCGUGGCCCAUCUGUGGUUUGACAACCAGAUCUUCGUGGCCGACACAAGUGAAGACAAUUUAAACCAAGGCUUUGACCAAAGCUCUGGAACCUGGACCUCCUUGUCCAAGAUAAUAGCAUUGUGUAACCGAGCUGAGUUCAAACCAGGACAGGAGAGUGUCCCCAUCAUGAAGAGAGUCGUGGUUGGAGAUGCUUCAGAAACUGCUCUUCUGAAAUUCUCAGAGGUCAUUUUGGGUGACGUGAUGGAAAUUAGAAAAAGAAACCACAAAGUAGUCGAAAUCCCUUUUAACUCAACCAACAAAUUUCAGCUCUCCAUACACCAGACAGAAGAUCCCAAUGACAAGCGCUUCCUGCUGGUGAUGAAGGGGGCCCCUGAGAGGAUCCUAGAGAAGUGCAGCACCAUCAUGAUCAACGGCAAGGAGCAGCCACUGGACAAGAGCAAGGCCCAGGCCUUCCACACGGCCUACAUGGAGCUGGGCGGCCUGGGCGAGCGCGUGCUGGGUUUCUGCCAUUUCUACCUGCCAGUAGAUGAGUUUCCAGAGACCUACUCAUUUGACUCAGAAACCAUGAACUUCCCCACCUCCAACUUAUGUUUUGUGGGACUCUUAUCAAUGAUUGAUCCUCCUCGAUCCACUGUCCCAGAUGCAGUCACCAAAUGCCGGAGUGCAGGAAUCAAGGUUAUCAUGGUUACAGGUGAUCAUCCCAUCACGGCCAAAGCCAUUGCCAAGAGUGUAGGGAUCAUUUCAGCCAACAGUGAGACAGUGGAAGACAUUGCAAAACGCUGCAACAUCGCCGUGGAGCAGGUUAACAAACGGGAUGCCAAGGCCGCCGUGGUGACCGGCAUGGAGCUGAAGGACAUGAGCCCAGAACAGCUGGAUGAGCUCUUAGCCAACUACCCGGAAAUUGUGUUUGCACGGACGUCCCCCCAGCAAAAGCUGAUCAUCGUGGAGGGCUGUCAGAGGCAGGACGCAGUUGUGGCCGUGACGGGGGACGGAGUGAAUGACUCCCCUGCUCUAAAGAAGGCCGACAUUGGCGUUGCCAUGGGGAUAACGGGUUCUGACGCAGCCAAGAACGCAGCCGACAUGAUCCUGCUGGAUGACAACUUCUCCUCUAUCGUCACGGGGGUGGAGGAAGGCCGCUUGAUAUUUGACAACCUAAAGAAGACCAUCGCUUACACCCUGACCAAGAACAUCGCCGAGCUCUGCCCCUUUUUGAUUUACAUCCUUCUCGGGCUCCCCCUGCCCAUCGGCACCAUCACCCUCCUGUUCAUCGACUUGGGCACAGACAUAAUCCCCUCCAUUGCCUUGGCGUAUGAGAAAGCAGAAAGUGACAUUAUGAACAGGAAGCCUCGGCACAAGAAAAAGGACAGACUGGUGAACCAGCAGCUUGCCGUAUACUCGUACCUGCACAUUGGCCUCAUGCAAGCCCUGGGAGCUUUCCUCGUGUACUUCACUGUGUAUGCACAGCAGGGCUUUCGGCCAACCUCACUGUUUCACCUGCGGAUAGCGUGGGACAGUGACCACCUGAACGACUUGGAAGACAACUAUGGACAGGAAUGGACGAGUUAUCAGAGGAGAUACCUGGAAUGGACAGGCUACACGGCUUUCUUUGUUGGCAUCAUGGUCCAGCAAAUAGCAGAUCUGAUCAUCAGGAAGACCCGCAAGAACUCCAUCUUCAAGCAGGGGCUCUUCAGAAAUAAAGUCAUCUGGGUGGGGAUCGCCUCACAGAUCAUCGUUGCCCUGCUCCUGUCUUACGGGCUCGGCAGUAUCACAGCCCUAAAUUUCACCAUGCUCAAGGCUCAGUACUGGUUUGUGGCCGUACCCCACGCCAUCCUGAUCUGGGUGUACGAUGAAAUGCGGAAACUCUUCAUCAGGCUCUACCCCGGAAGCUGGUGGGAUAAGAACAUGUAUUAUUGA